GCUCUCAGCAAUGCAAUGAGGUCGCUGUUACAAAAUUCUUCCACUAAUUGCAAAAUAAACUGCCUGCCUGCAAGGAUACACUUGCAAUUGACUGUUACAGUCAUGAGCUGCGCAGCCCUGCAGAGGAGCCGAGCUACCGGCGAUCCGACACCGGCUGCAGGCAGGCGGGCAGGCAGGCGGGCAGGAGGAGAGCAUCUGCAGCAGAACUGCGCGCUAAUGCAUGUGGAAGCACAAGGCGGAAGCAUGCGAAGAGUGAGCCGGCGAUCAUGUGAGGACGGCCCGCUGCUGGAGGAGCAGGAGACGGAGGGCCAGCGGCAGCUGCACAGCCUCCUGCUGCAGCAGCUCCACACUGACGUUGACAUUGACCGAUGUGUAGCCAAGAGGCAGUGCUUCGCCCCGUCGGCGCUCUACCGGCCGUUUGGGGAUCAGGCAGCUGGAGUGCGAAGCCUCUCCCAGUUCCAGGCCCUGCAGGACGGGGAGAAGGAGCUGGCCAGCUUGCGGGAGCUGGGCCUAACGGACACUGAGAUCCAGCUGUGGCAGAGCAGAGACGCACCGGAGGCAGCAGAGAAGGUGAAACCUGCUGGAGACAGAGAGGUGGCUCAGGACAGGAGGAGCUGGUCCCAUGGUGUGUGCGCAGCUCCAGGUGCGAAGCAGCAGCGCCUGCAAGUGAUCAGAGACAAGAUUGAAGCCAGGGCAGAGCUCCUGUCCCGCCCACAACGCUUCGCCGCCAGCCGCCCACUGUCACGCCGGGAGAUGGAGAUCGAACGAGCGCUUUUCCGGGGAAAUGAUCGCCUGGGUUUCCUCACUGCGCUUUAUCAUAGAGAUGAAGAUAACCAGGAGGGCCAGCAGGGGGAGUCGUCCUCUGAUCCAAUGGACUCUCUCUACAGAGACGUUCUCAUAAAGGAGCGACAACAAGCUUCACUACUGGACUCUCAGCAAGAAACAACUGGAGCGUCACCUCUGUCUACACACAGAAUCGUGUCUGACCUAUUACAGGACUCACAGAAAGACAACAACCAAUCAAAAGAAGCGUCUGACCAUCAAUCAGAACUGCAGGGUGAAAAAAGUAGCUUGUCAGUACAGUCAGAGUCAAGUUCAGACGCCUCAGAGCCGCAGCUCGCUCAGGACAGACCAGGGCAACCACCACUGGCUGCUCCCACACAGAUAAAUAUAAGCCGGCCAAUCGGCAGUCUGUGUGGAGCGGUGACGGCGAGGUCAGGGGGACCACUGACUGUCAGAGGGGAGAUUGAGACAAUCUCAGAUGAAGAAAUCCUGAAGAACCGUGAAUCUGAAGAAGGGAUCCAGAGCAUCCAGAGGUUCCGAAACUACCAGCCGGGAAAACCCUCCAAGGUGCUGUGUGUGAAGAACCUGAGUGCACAGGCAUCAGUGGCCCAGCUGGUGGCGCUGUUCUCCAGGUUCGAGCAGGAGAACAAGCCGCCAGUCCUUUACCGCCUGCUGACUGGAAGGAUGAAGGGUCAGGCCUUCAUCACUCUGCCAGAUGUUGAAACAGCCCAGAAAGCCUUGCAGUUGGUCCAUGGAUACCGGUUGCUAGGGAAACCCUUAGUGGUUGAGUUUGGCCGUGAGCGACAGGAAGAGGAGAAACAGAAGAAAGAGGAAGUCCAGGAGGGGAAGAAAUAAAAAAAAAUGUUUAUUCCUGACAACAACAUGGACCCUCCAAAGUUGUGAAUAACAGGUUGAGAAGGAUGUGAUUGUAUAUUAUUGUUUUCUGGAUAAAAAGUGGUCAUCUUUGCCAGUUUCAUAUUAAUAAAUGCCUGUUUUUUCGAUUA